AUGCAUCCAGAUUCUCAACUUGAAACUGCCUUGGAAAAUGGGUUCAAUCCAAAGAGCUUAUUGGCUUUGGAGCUGACCAAAGUCAAUGAGCCUGCUCGAACAAUCCUUGAGGAGUACAGCAAGAUCCCGGCUGCUGAAAUCCUGCAGCAUGUCACCGAUUUGAGAGAUCGCGCAUUCGAAGUUUUUCCCUAUGCCUGCAUUGGGCAGGCUGCUUUCCUUGAUUUGAGAAUCGCCUCGUCGCCUGUAUACCAGGAGAUGCUUGGGCGAGUGAAAAAUGGAGAGAAGCUUCUUGACCUUGGGUGUGCAUUUGGACAAGAGCUGCGACAACUGAUCUACGACGGCGCGCCAUCUGAAAAUCUCUAUGGAUUAGACCUGCAACCCAGAUUCCUCGAUCUCGGCUACGACCUAUUUCGCGAUCGCGAAAUCAGCAAAAUAAACUUCAUCAGUGCUGACGUGCUAGCUGAUGAUUCAGAGCUUGUUCACAACCUGGCGAACCAACUCGGUAUUGUCUAUAUUUCGCAGCUUCUCCAUGUCUUUGAUUUUGAUCACCAAGUUACUGUGCUGAAGCGCGUAUUUGACUUGCUUGAAGAUAAACCUGGCUCUUUACUUGUGUGCCGAGUCGUUGCAUGUCGAGAUCAAGAUGCAGUCAACGCCACCACCGAUCGUCUUCCUUAUUACUUUCACGACCUGGCCAGCUGGGAUAAGCUGUGGGAGCGUGUUAAAAGGGAAACAAGUCUUAAAUUGAGUGUUGAGACGUGGGAACAGGAGAGUGAGCUAGCUUGGAAGCACCCUUUUCCAGGUCUUUAUAUGCUUGGCUCAAUCAUUCGACGGGGCUAG